GAAGAAGAGUAGCCAUGGCGUCUCUCUAUACUCUCCCAUUCUCCAUCGUUGCCAGCAACGAAGCUCUCCAAUCCCCGCAAUCUCGUCGCGGAAUCCAUGGAGGAGAAGAGCCGAGAUGCUCCCCAACCUCCGGCGAAUCCCCAGCCUCCUUUGUUGCCCGAAACCCUAGCGGAACCCGGCCCCCGUCGCCGAGCUGGUGGUCAGAAGAGGAAGGCGGUCGCUUCCACAGCCAUCGUCUCCCCUGUUCCAUCCAAGCGUCUUGCUAAGGAGCGGAACCCCUUUAAUCUCCCCCCUUCUGUUCAUAGUGGUCCAUUGACGAGAGCCAGGCAGUCCCCUAACAAAUUUGCUGCUGCUGCUGCUGCUGCUGGAGUUCAGCAUAGGGCGACGGAAUUUGGAGGGGGUUCUUCGUCUGCGGGGAAUGGGGUGGGGAAAGUGGGGUCUUUGGUUGGAGAUCUGAUUGAGGUUGAGGAUGAUGAAAUGUUGCAAGCUGAGGAGCCGAUCGUGGAUGCGGAGUUUGAUGCUGUGAGAUCUCGCGGAACUGAUGUCCAUGCUGUUCCUACGCACGCUGGCUGGUUUUCGUGGAAGAAAUUUCAUCCGCUUGAAAAGCAAGCGCUACCUUCAUUUUUCAAUGGGAAGUCUGAGAGCAGGACGCCGGAAAUAUACAUGGAGAUCAGAGAUGCCAUCAUGAAGAAAUUCCAUGCAGAUCCACAGACGCAAGUUGAACUGAAGGAUUUUUCUGAGCUUUCUGUUGGAGAUAUGGAUGCAAAGCAGGAAGUGUUGGAAUUCUUGGAUCACUGGGGUUUAAUCAAUUUCCACCCGGUUCUGCCUUCCAACCCUGAUUCAAGCAUGUCUGCUGUUGAGGAUGAAUCUAAAGCAAGCCCAUUGCUUGAUAAGUUGUAUCAUUUCCAAAAAAUUCCAUCAAGGUCCCGUGUUGCUCCUAAAAAGCAAAAUGCGUCAGUGCCUGCUGUCCUACCUAAGUUGAUCCCUGAGCUUGCCAUUGCUGAUGAUUUAGUUCGGCCUGAGGGGCCUUCAGUUGAGUAUCAUUGCAACUCUUGCUCGGGAGACUGCUCCCGCAAACGUUAUCAUUGUCAGACACAGGCCGACUUUGAUUUAUGCAGUGAAUGCUUUACAAGUGGGAAAUUUGGUUCAGGCAUGGCGCCAGCUGAUUUCAUUCUUAUGGAAUCGGCGGAGGUUCCUGGUUCAAGUGGGGGGAGUUGGACAGACCAGGAAACCCUGCUUCUCCUAGAAGCUCUUGAGCUCUUUGGAGAAAACUGGAGCGAAAUUGCAGAACAUGUUGCAACAAAAACAAAGACCCAGUGUAUCUUGCACUUUCUUCAAAUGCCCAUUGAGGAUCCUUUUCUAGAAGGUGAUGAUGAAAUGGAUGACAGCAUCCAAGAAAAUGUGGACCAAGUUGAUAAAAAAUCUGUUAAUGCACAAGACCUUGAGGUAAAGGAGGCUGAUAAUGCUGGGGAUAGAGAUCAGCCUGCUUCACCUGUAAUAGAUCCAUUGAAGACCAAAGACACAGAUAAGGUUGAGAUUUCCUCUGAGACCAGUGCCAAUAUUGCUAUUGAAGUGCUGAAGACUGCAUUCCAAGCCAUUGGUUACUCCCCUGAACAAGGAGAGUCUCUAUCAUUUGCAGAAUCUGGAAAUCCUGUUAUGGCAUUGGCAGCAUUCUUGGCAGGCCUAGUGGGGCCAGAUGAUACCACCUCUAUUCGUAGUUCUUUGAAAGCCAUAUCUGAGGAUUCUCCUAGCAUGCAACUUGCUACAAGGCAUUGCUUUCUUCUUGAAGAUCCACCUAGUGAUAAUAAGGACCCACCGGCUCCUGAUAGUAAAACCUACAGUGCUGUUACUGAUGCAAGCACUGAGACCCCCAAACAGGAUGACCAGAUUUCACCCCCAGAAGAGAAUGGUAAAAUAAACUGCUGCAGGGAUAAGAGCGAGGAAACUGAACUUCCUGCAGAAAAGGAGGAUUCAUUAAAAACUCUGGAAUCACAAGAAUGCUCGCAAACAGAGCGUGCUGCGAAGGAGUUGAAAGACUUACCUUUGGCAGUGGAGGCAACACCUGCCAUGGUUGGGGGAUUGGAUGAUACAUGUAUGCCAUCAGAACAUAAGAAUCCUGUGCAGAAUGGAGGUGAUUCCUCUUUAUCUAGUGUGCUCACUUCCAGUGAUGGAAAAGAAUUGAGAGAUUCAACUGGAGAGCCUGCAGCAAAUUCAGUACAGAAAGUAAAGGUUCUGGAAUCAGCCAAAGAGGAGAAAUCUAAUUCCAUCAAAGAGUUGGGUAAUGUAGCUCAUGUGCAAGCAGAUCAAGAAGGGUCGGAUACACUAAUGGAUGAAAGUGGCUUACAAUCACAGGAAUGUUUACAGAGAUCAAAUAAUGCAGAUGCUAUGCCUACUUCAGCUAUUUUGGAAGAAAAAACAACCGUUGAAGUAGCUGCUUCUGGCCCAACAGGCAUGAAUACUGAAAAAGGAGAUUCUUUAAAAUCCCAAGAAUUUGAAAGUCAGCAGAAGGAAACAGAUACUGAGCCUUCUUCAGGUACCUUGGAAGGGAAAGGUACUGAGGAAGUAGCUGCUUCUGUUCCACCAAUUAAUAGUGGGGAAGAAAGAGAAGAGGAUGGUGUGAAAGCAGUGCCUGGCAAUGAUGAGUUAGCAGAAAGAGACAAUGAACACAAUAUUGAUAAGAUAAAACGUGCUGCAAUCAGCGCAAUCUCAGCUGCUGCUGUGAAGGCCAGGAUUCUCGCCAGUGAGGAAGAAGAUCAAAUUCGGCAACUUGCAGCAUUGGUAAUCGAGAAGCAGUUACACAAGUUAGAGACUAAGAUGGCGUACUUUAGUGACAUCGAAAGCAUGAUUAUGAGGGCGAGAGAGCAAAUGGACAAAACUAGGCAAAAGCUUCUUCAUGAACGCGCACAAAUAAUUGCUGCUCGAUUAGGCAUGCCCUCGCAGAGAGUGACUCCACAAUCAUUAGCGGCAAACAAAGCUGCAAUGAACUAUAUUAACGCAGCUACCAGGCCGCCAAACAUGCCAUUUCAAAAACCACCGCUUGCAAGAAGACCGUGAACAUCAAUUUGUUCGGCCCGAUCUUCACACAAAUCUUUAGCAAGUUGCUCUCUUUAACAUAUUGCCCUGCAUAUAAUCACGAAAAAGUUCAAUCCAGUUGAAUGUGGCUGAAUGCAGCGACAUUGAAGCGGAUUUUAUGCUUUUAUGAACUAGAGGUAUCUAAUUCUGGAGCUGAUCCAGUUUUAUUUGUUUUGGCUCUCCUCUUCUAAUAAUUAUCUACUAGGUAUGUAUUUGUAUCUGCUGAAUCUAAGACAUUGAAGAUGAAGUGUAACAUUGUCUUACUUCUGUUGUUUAUAUCCAAAAAAAACUAUGGACUUUCUAAUGAAUUGUAAAUGUAAGUCAGGAAUUCAAUUUA